UCUAGCAAAGCGUCUUUGCGUCCGUGGUUCAGCGGCGUGUUUGUAAAUUUGUGUGUUCCUAACCUGACUAUUGCGUGAAACACGUGCUUUGACUUCGGCUUCCGACGCUUGCUAUUUCUAUUGCUAGAUUACUUAAAAAAUAGUUCAUCAUGUCUGAAGUUGAAGUUAAGAAGGAGAAGAAAAAGAAGAAUAAGGAUAAGGCCAUCGCCGAAAUUCAAAAAACAAAUGAGUUUCAGUUAGAGACCUCUUCUAAAAACCCUACCCUGGAUAGUUCAAAGUGGCCUUUAUUGUUGAAGAACUUUGAUAGGUUGAAUGUAAGGACAAAUCAUUACACCCCAUUGCCAUUUGGUUCAUCACCACUGAAAAGGGACUUGACUGAGUACAUCAAGUCUGGUUUUAUCAACUUAGAUAAACCCAGCAAUCCCAGCAGCCAUGAGGUGGUUGCAUGGAUUAAGCGUAUAUUGAAAGUGGAAAAAACUGGUCACUCAGGCACACUUGAUCCUAAAGUCACAGGUUGUUUAAUUGUGUGCAUUGAUCGCGCAACUCGUUUAGUAAAAUCUCAACAAUCUGCGGGUAAGGAAUACGUUGCCGUGUUCAAAUUGCAUUCCAGUCUUGAAGGCGGAGCCGCAAAAGUAUUACGCGGUUUAGAGCGGCUACGAGGCGCGCUUUUCCAACGGCCGCCAUUGAUCUCGGCGGUCAAGCGUCAACUUCGUGUACGCACCGUGUACGAUAGCAAACUUUGUGAUUACGAUGAGAAUCGUAAUAUGGGUGUCUUCUGGGUUAGCUGUGAGGCCGGUUCCUAUAUCCGUACCAUGUGCGUGCAUUUGGGUCUCACACUCGGCGUCGGUGGUCAAAUGUUGGAGCUGCGUCGUGUGCGCUCUGGAAUCCAGACCGAGAUGGAUGACAUCGCUACCAUGCACGAUGUGAUGGAUGCCAUGUGGUUAUAUGAGAACCACAAGGACGAAAGUUACUUACGUCGCGUUAUUCGCCCGCUGGAGGGCCUCCUCACUAAGCACAAACGCGUCAUCAUGAAGGACAGUUCAGUGAAUGCGCUUUGCUACGGUGCGAAGAUUCUACUUCCAGGUGUCCUGCGCUAUGAAGAUGGUAUUGAGAUGAACGAGGAAAUUGUCAUUAUCACUACAAAGGGCGAAGCUAUUGCAUUGGCAAUUGCGCUCAUGACGACGGCGACGAUGGCCAGUUGUGAUCACGGCGUCAUUGCUAAGUUGAAGCGUGUCAUUAUGGAGAGGGAUACUUAUCCGCGCAAGUGGGGCUUGGGUCCUCGUUCGUCACAAAAGAAAGUCCUCAUUGCUAAGGGACAGUUGGACAAGCAUGGAAAACCGAACGAAAACACGCCGAAGGAAUGGCUAAAUAGUUAUGUGAAUUACAACAUUGUAAAGAAGGAGAAAGAUGACGAUGAGGAUCCUAGCAAGAAGCGUAAAGUCAGCGUGGGCAGUGAAGAAGGUGGUGCUGCUGCGGAUGCAUCUAUGGAAGUAGACGCACCCGAAAAACAGAAAAAGAAGAAGCGUAAGAAGACCGACGAAGAAGGCGAUAGCACUUCCGCACCUGAAGUCACCGAACCUGAAGUUGAGGCUGAAGAAGAGGGCAAAAAAGAAAAGAAGAAGAAGAAAAAGAAGGAUAAAUCGAAGGACAGAGAGGAGGACGAAUGAAGUUAAACCAAUUGCUGUCACUUUUAUUGAAUUGACGCAAGUUUCAAUUUGUGUGUACAAUUAUUUCCAAUUGUAUAUUAUAUCUGAGUAGUUUGUUUCAGAAUCGCGUUUAAAUUUAUAAGCAUGAACUUCACGUGGAUUUUUAUAUAUAACCGAAUAUUGAAUAAUAUUUUCUGUUUAUUACGAAUCAUUUUUAAGUACAUUAUUUUUGUUAAAUCCACUCCAUGUUGAAACAUCUGCAUUGUUAUUAAUGGUAAAACAUUAAUUUUAUACAACUGAGUGUUAUAGCAACAGCGACUGUUGAACAUUAACUAAAAACAUUGAAUAUAUAUUUGUAUGAUCAUGCGUAAAUAUAAAAAUAUUCUUCGAGUAA